AUGACUCUGCUUUGUGCAACUCUGAAGGAUUCCACUGCCAAGUCUGGGUUUAUCUUUACAUUAUGGUGCAAUAUCUCUGGAGAGUUGACAGCCGUACCCCGAGUGCUUGUCGACUCCUCCUCCUCUCUGCUGCUCUCGCUGCUAUUGGCCCAGCUUCCUUUAUUUACGUCUGCCGUCCCCGCCCCCUACCGGCGGCCGAACGUCGUGCACGAACUGAAUAGAUUGGCCAAUCAGACGAAGAAUCUGAGGCAGAUCACAGCAGAUCUAUUGAAGGAACAUGCGUUCGAGACUGACCCAGAACAGCAUAGAUUUAAGUCCUUGCCACUAAUGAACAACAGGGCAAGUGACAUCAACUCCCUUGAGAUGAGACCCACUCUCUCUCAGCUCCACGCGGACUUGAAGUCGUUUGAGCACCAUUUUGCCUGGUUGAGCAGAGCAUCAAGGAAACACCACCACCCUGCUCUCCCUAAACUGGGACAGAUGAUGUCACUCAUCAAGUCUCUCACCAGCAUGCUAGAGCAUCAGAUGAUGAGAGUUGAUGCUCAGCGUCUCUCUCCUCCCUCUCCCUCGAUGCCGCCUGCACCCCCCUCCCAGUUUGAUGUGUUACAGUCUUCCCAGGAGCUGCUACUACAGUUCAGACUCUUCUGUGAUUGGGCCCAACGAGUGUUCUCAGUGCUCAGUACAAAGUCCAAAAUGUCUGGAGUACAAUGAUGAUUCCUGAAGUGCUAUAGUCUAUAGGGAUACACAGAAUCCACACUAUAACCAAUGAGGAUCUACUAGCUUCAACCGGUACUACAACCAACGGUGAUUCAAGAUAACCACACUACAACCUUGCACUGUUGUCACUGAACGUCCAUUCUCAUUGUAGCCAAUGAGGGAGCUCCAUAUUCAAACUACAGCCUAUGAGGAUCCACCAUAUUCACACUAUUACAACCAGUAAUGGUCUUCAAUAUUCACGAACACGUCACUGCCACCCCAUUCUCUCUCUUAAAUACCUUGUUCCUGACUGUGUUAUUUAUGUAUUUAUUUAUUUAUUAAGUUAUUUAUUUGAUGUCAUUAUUUAUUUGAUUUUGUAACGUGUCACAUAUUAUUUUUACUUACUUUAUUGUUGUGAAUUUAAUUUCUUGUACCUUGUCAACUCCUAUUUUGUUCUCUCCCUCCCCGUUCAUCCCACCUCCCAAACUAAACAAGGUGACCACACAGUAGCACUUCCUGACUUCUUACAGUCUCUAAUGAUAUGGAUUGUAUUUUCAACUAUUUAACCUGUCUCUCUUUACAAAGAGUAGCCUAUUUCCGCCAGUAGAUGUAGCAAACAUACUUGGCUUGUAGCAAGCAUAUCUUGGGAGAGCGUACAUGUAUUUUUCUUACAGUGCUGUACUUUACCUGGUAGAUUUAGGGUUACUCAUAGAAUCUUCUGAACAUGUUAAAUGUGCCACCUGUUUGGUUUUGUAAACUGUUAAGAAAGAGAAUUAUGAACCAAGCCUCAAUCAGGAUGUCAACACAACAUAGGAGGGUAGAUCGUUUUUCCAUGGGUUUAGUUGCUAUAAGUGGCUGUGUCCCACAUGGAAAAAUAACAGGUGGUAUAUCUAACACUGUGGUAAAGUUUUAUGAGUAUGCCCUGUUGCUAAGCACUGAUCUAGGACCUGAUAUAAUCUCUUUGCACACAUUUGUUAGGAUUAGCCUUUUGAGUCAGCUGAUCCUUAAUCUGUACCUUGGUACACAUAAUGUUUGAGCGUUUUAGUGACAUAAAUAAGAAAUUAAAAAACACCCCAAGCCUUAAAAUACUAUGUAUUGUGAUAUUGUGAUACUACAGUUCUGCACAGUUGUACAUACUUGUACAAUAAUGUAAAUUGUUGUAUACAAUGCAAUUGUCUAUUAUAGUUUUCUAGGACAUUUAAUGUAGAAUACUCUGUCAAUGCUAUCCCUAUUGUUUUGUCGCAAUAUCAAUAUUAUUCUAUUCUAGUAUUCUGUUACAGUAUUUACUAUUUAUUUAAGAUUACUUUGGUGGAACUAUUUAUUUGCGCUGCAGAGGAGCAAGUCUCCUGUUGUUUUUGUACUUUUAUACUGUUUUUAUUCAUAAUUACCAUUAUCAUUGCUAUCAUCCAUGUUGAAAUCAUUGUAGCACCAUGCGUGAAUGCUGUGUAAAACCUUGUGCUUGGGGUCUCCAGCACACAGACUGACUGAUUGGCCUAACUGUGAAAUGUGUGCCUUGAAAAAAAUAAAGAACAUGCACAAUGA